AGUAAGGUGUAGUUUCAUCCUGUUUCAUGUGAUUUCACGUUGUUGCACUGGCCAUCAACAAGGACUCAUAUAGCUGGUAACCUUUCACAAGUUUAACUGAACCAUGACUGAAGGGAACAACCGGAGAAUUUCCCUGUUAUCAAUGUGGAACUUCACUCUGAUAGGAAUGCCUCAUCGCUCCCAGCUACCCACACAGUCCUAGCUGGAGUUUUAUAAAACUGCACACCUGACCCCUUCAACCACCAGCAACAGGCUCCCAGUGUGGUGGUAACCCUCAGCUGAAAUAGGGCCCUUGCAGGGUGGAGGCAGCACGCUGCAGCCAGGAUCUGUCACAUUACUCUCAGCUCCACGGUGGGACCGGGGCACCUGAAUACAAGCUGUGAGGGAGGGUAACAGAGUGUGAGUGAGAGAAGACCAAACACAAGGAAACAAGGACGCCACUGCAGCAGCAACAGAGUCCAUCUUGCUGAACUACAACUUGGGAGACUUUUUCCUCUUGAGUAAAAGGGGUCUCUCGACACUGUGGUUAAAACUUCUCCAGCUACUCAAGUUCAGACUUUGGAUCUGUUUGAAAAAGAGACAGCACAAUGGAUAAGGAUGCUCUACUGGACUAUGAGUACCCAGACCUCGGCCCUGUGCCAUCCAAAAUUGAAGCUGAAAUAAUUCCUCCAUGUGACCCCACUGCUGAUGACAGGCUCUACCAUAUAUGCAUCACUGCAAUAUCUCUUGUUGUCAUGCUGAUCCUAGCAAUCUUAGCCAGACGCACAAAGGUGGGCAACAGACAGAAAGGGAUCCCAGGUUUAUUCAGUCCGGUCAACUUCCUGGAUCAUACACAGCACAAGGGCCUGGCAGUGGCUGUGUUUGGAGUCCUCUUGUGCAAACUAUUUGGCCUCGUCAUAUCACCAAACCCCCUCCCCUUCACGACAGUCUCCGAGAACAAACAGAACUGGGUGAUUCUGGGAGUCUUCUACUACCCCGCGCUAUACUACCCUCUCCUGGCAUGCGGUACCUUACAUAACAAAGUUGGCUAUGUACUUGGUAGCCUCUUGUCAUGGACGCACUUUGGCGUUCUCGUCUGGCAAAAAAUUGACUGCCCCAAAACACCUCUGAUACACAAACACUACUCCCUUUUCUCCAGUCUGCCCCAGAUAGCUUGCCUGGCAUUCCUCAGUUUCCAGUAUCCCCUUCUCCUUUUCAAGGGCUUAAAGGGAACUGAAAAGAACAAUGCUACUGAGGAUCUAAGCAGCAGCUACUAUAAAGACUAUGUGAAGAAAAUCCUCAAGAAGCCCACCAAAAUCAGCACUUCUAGCACAGAGACACCCAAGCUGCCUCAAAGAAUAAUUGAUGCUGUGAAGUCAUACAUUUACACACCAGAGGAAGCUUUCCGAUUUCCACUGAAGUUGGCUAUAUCUGGUGUGGUGUCAUUUAUAACGUUGUAUCAGGUGGGGCUGCUAAUCAUCUUGGCAGUGGUGCCGUCUCUCCAGACUGCCCGCUUGGGAGUCGAUGAAGACGUCGCCAAUCUUUUAGCUGGCUUCAAGAUUAUGUUGUCUCCAGACAAACAUGAAGUGGUCAGAAUAGUGGUUUACUACAUGUGGUGUGUAGAAGUGUGCUAUAUUUCAGCGAUGACCCUGUCAGGCUUGGUCAACCUGGUAAUGCUCAUGCGGUCCAUGGUUCUGCAUCGGUCAAACCUGAAGGGACUGUACAGAGGAGAUAUCUAUAAUGUUUACAACUGCCAGAGAAGGAUCAGGGCUUCCCGGCCAGCACUGGUCUGCUGGAUGGGAUACACCAGCUUCACGGCAGCUCACAUCUGCAUUGGCAUGAUCAUCCAGACCAUGGUGUUCUUCCUCUGUCUCCUGAUCGCUGUCUUCCUCAUUAUCAUGCCCGUCCUGCACGGACAGAAUCUGAUUCUCUUUCAGAUCCUGUGGAGCAUGUGGCCUUUCUGGCUGAUGAUUCUCUUGGCUGUGUUGAUUCAACAUAUUACCGCCAGGUUUUGUUUCAUCAAAAAAACAGCAGGCACACGAGACCUAAACAACAGGGGUAAUCUGUUCCUGCUGACAUACCUGCUGUUUCCAGUCAAUGUUCUGAUUGGGGUGCUACUGGCUGUCUGGCGCAUGAUCAUCACAGCCCUGUUCAAUAUUGUCCACAUGGGACGCUUAGAUAUCAGUCUCCUUAACCGAAAUGUGGAGGCAUUUGAUCCAGCCUACCGCUGCUAUGCUCAUUAUCUGAAGAUUGAGGUGAGCCAGUCUCACCCCGUGAUGAAGGCCUUCUGUGGGAUGCUGCUGCAGUCUGUGGGCCAGGAGAGCAAUGCUGCACAGAGGUCACGGGAUGCUGAAGAGGGGAUCCAGCUGGUCCAGCAGGAGAAGAAACAGCACAAAGUGUCCAGUGCCAAGAGAGCCCGCGGGCACUGGCAGCUCCUCUACACCCUGGUCAACAACCCGUCCCUGGUGGGUACAAGGAAGCACUUCCAGCAUCAGACCACAGAGAGCUUUCUGAAUGGAAGCCUGAACCGCAGCACCAAGGAGGGGAGCAAAAAGGAGGCAGCAACCAAGGAGGCAGAGGCCGCUGCCAGCAACAGAACAUGAACAUGACCCUGAUGAAGGAUUGGCUGCAAAGUGUCUUUUGAUUUUGGGCAAAUUAUAUAGUCAUAUAUCAUUUGUCCAACCCUUCUAUAGAUGUGUCUGCGUUUGGUGAAAUAAGUGCACUUAUAGCUCAGUGCCUCAUGUAGAGAUAUUCACCAAGCCUCUCCUGUUUGUCUGGAGGUUGUGCGUCCACUUUGUGCCCUUCGUGUUCCGCUGGUUGUUUAUGUGUGAGGCGCCACAAUCUCCAGUCUGGUGGGAGAGCUUGUGUGGCACUGAUCUCCCAUCUGACCACACUCAUCAUGUGUCAUUCUCAACACAUUUAUGUGCUUAUUUUGGGAUAUGACUCGUUUGCGUUGUUUCAACCUAUAAGUUAAUCACAUAUGUUUCCCAAUAUGUUGUUAUUUUCAUAUAGUUCAGAUAAUGCAAAUUUUAAGUUAUCCAAGCUAAACACAUGGAUGUAAAAUCCACUAAGCAUCCUUUUAAAGAGGCUAUUUAUAUGUAGAACAUUUGACUAUUUAUGAAUUUACAGAAUGAGCUGUUUUCAUAGGCUGGGUAAUAAAUUUUCUUUUUUUUUCUUCAAUUGUACACGUUUUGUGUAAUUAAUAAUAACCUGUGGAAUAGGAACUACCAGACAAAUGAAGCUGUUUGUAUUUCCUGUUUUAUUUGUAGCAACACUUGCUGCUAUCAGCUUCUUCGUGUUGUUGUCUAAACUCUUCUCUGGUUUCUGAUAUUCACCAACUUACAUCUUUUGUUUUUGCAUUUACAUUGAAAAUGCCGAUUUUUAAGUGAAAAUAUGAACCCCCGAAUUUUCCUUCUAAUUACUGUGAAAAA